CUUUUUUUUUUGGUGGCCCAACCUAUUUUCUUCAGCUGUAAUAAUAUAUAUGCAUUUGUAUUUACAUUUAAAAUGCUUAAAUCUUCCAAUUCUAAGUCUAAAAAAAAAAAGAGCGAAAAAAAUACACUUAUUUAUUGUGUUUGACAAAUAGGUACGGUUACCAAAUGGUUAAUAGACAUACUUAUGAUGUACAUAAAAAAAUGCAAUCAAAACAAAAGCGCUAACAAGCAAAUGAUUCCAGAAACUGAUGCUAAUAAUGAAGAAAUCAGUAUUAAUGAUGAAGAAAAUGACUUUGAAGAAUUAGCUUUCUCUAAUAAUAAUGAUGAAGAAAAUAUUAAAGAAUCUAAUAUACCUUCCGCAGACACCCCUAAUCAGUUUUUUAAUAUCAAUUUAGUUGGUGCCUUGCCCGCAUUCAUUAUGAUCUUUAUCAACUUUUUCCAGAAUAUUGCUGGAUUGUCCGAUUCUUCUACUAAAAUUCUAUUAAAAUUUAUAAAUGCUAUUUUUGUCUUAUUUCAAUCUAGUUUUAUUCCUCCUUCAAAGCUUAGCAAUAUAAAAGCUAAAAUUAACGCUGAUUUUGCUAUUAAAGUACUUCAAAAAUAUGUUGUCUGCCCAGAAUGCAAUUGUAUUUAUGCUUAUGAAGACAUCAUGAAUGGAUUGGUGUCAUAUUUUUCUAAUAUGGUGUUCAAGCCAUAUAAUACUUUAAAAAUAAAAUGCUAUGCUCCACUAAUAACAAAAGAUUCCAACACUGUCAUUAAACCAAUAAAACGUUACACUUAUAAUUCCAUUAAGACUACAAGACUACUCUACAAAAAUUCUUUAUGCGUUCAAAGUUUGUAGAAAAAAUAAAUGAAUAGCAAAAGAGAAGCACUGUUGAAGGAAUGAUGUUCGACAUUUUUGAUGAUGACUAUUUUCGUCAAUUUAAAAAAGAUGGAGAAGAUACACCAUUUGUUCAAAAAGAUGGUUCUCAUGUUAAGCUUGAAUGCCGACU